AUGCUCUUAAGGUUCAUACGGACAAAACGUAUAUAUAAGAUAUAGCUAACUUUAGCUCUUGAAUGCGUGUUAAUUCUAUAAAGUUAUGUUUUAAAUUGUAAUGUUUUUAGAAGCUGCGGUUGUUGUCAACGUCCUUAUGAUUUAUAACCUAACUUUUUUUUUAGCUUUCCUGUUCAAAAGGAGAAGCAAAAAUGAAGCACUUAAGGAAAUCCUCGACGAGAUGAUCGAUGAGUUUUUUAUGGAAACUAAUUUGCAGGGAGAAGUCAACCAAAUUCUGCUGGAACAACUGAAAGAACCCAUUGUUAAAUGGAAGCAUUCGGUAACGCAUCUUCUAGAUCCUGCUGAGUCUGACGCCCACCGUGAUGAAUUCUAUCAUAAGGUAAUAGCUGACAUGAGAGAACAUCUUUCCUACCGACCACCACCCCCGCCAUCCGACGACCAGCCUAGCUCUGAUGACGAAAAGACUUAUUUCAUUUUUAGCCAGCAAAAUAUCAAGAAGCCUUGCUACCUGGGGGCCAAUGAUCUUUACUUCGAGGUUCAGCUCGGAACGUCUGAGCUAGUCUACAGCUGUCUGCCGAUUUCCUCUGACAUGAUCAAAGCCAUCCGCAACCGACUUCUACCCUACAACACUAACAAGAAAUGCCCCAUAUGUAUGUCAAAGUAUGUGGCGACUGACACAGUGAGGAAAUUAUCGUGUGGUCAUCAUUUUCAUAGCUCCUGCAUCUAUUAUUGGUUUACUAAAGGCUAUACAACAUGUCCAGUCUGUAGACACGUCACGGACCAGUUCGUCCCAUCCGUAGUUUUUGAAUACAACCUGAGACCUUUUACGACACUUCACUCCAAGAACAUUCCAAACAGCAGGCUACCUCCAUUUAUUUACAGAUUAAAAUUAAGAAAAGAUCAAGAUGAAUCGACUAAGUAUAUCAUUCUGGACUACAUUCCUAUUAUGCUAAUACCCAAUGGUAAAAGUCAAGAGGCUUCUUCAUUUAGGCAUAAGCCCCCGGUGACUCCAGAAAAUGGCGGUGACUGGUUGGCUCGACGACAUGAGAGACUUUAUUUCAUUCAAAAAUGAUACUAUUAAAUGCGUGUAUGUGUUUGUUCUAUUCUACAUGUUUAAGUGUGUACAUAAUUUUAUACAUAUAUUGUUUGAGUCUGUGUGUAAAUGAGUUAAUGCGCAUAAUAUAUUUUUAUUUUCUAUACAUUUUUUUGAUUUCUGACGUUAAAUUUGACCGUUAUGACUUAAAAUUAAUUGAAAUAAAAUUUCAAUUUCUAUGCUCAAGUAUAAUCAUAUUUUACGUCUUGAUAUUUUAUAUUUUUCCAUAUUUUUAUAUUUUAAAGACACUGGUACAAUUUUUUUUAGAAAUUUUUACAAUAUUUCAUAAAGCAAUUACAUAUAAUUGAAUAGAUAAUUUUUUUUAAAGCAAUGAUGUCAAACUCGCCAAUUAAUUCAAUAGCAUGUGU